AUGGCCACUUCAAGAUCAUACCUCGUUAUUGGCGGAGCAGGAGCUCAAGGCUUGCCAGUAGUAAAAGCCUUCGCCGCCAACCCCGCCGACACAGUCCGCGUCCUAACCCGCACCCCCACCUCCCCGAACGCCGUCAUCCUCUCCGCCCUCCCCAACAUCACCCUUUCCCUCGGCUCAGCCACCUCCGAGUCCUCCCUCCGCUCGACCCUCAGCGGCACCUCCCACGUCUUCGUAAACCUCAACUCCUUCGCCCUCGGACAAAAAGCCGAGAUCUACUGGGGCAUGCGGAUCUUCGAGCUCGCUCUCGAGGCCGGAGUUUCGCACUACGUCUGGUCUGGUCUCGACUCCGCUCUCCGCCUCUCAGGCUACGAUGAGGCACUGAGAUGUGGGCAUUACGAGGGGAAGGCGAAAGUUACCGAGUGGAUGCAAGCCCAGCCUCAGCAGCCGAUGAAGUGGAGUGUUUUGACAACGGGACCAUACGCGGAGAUGUUGGGUGCUUUGCAUCGACCGAAGAGGGAUGGGGAUGGGGUGUAUGUUUUUAAGGCACCGCUGGGUGAGGGCGCCGUGCCGUAUAUCCAUCUUGAUGAUUUGGCGCUGUAUGCGAGGUGGCUUUUUGACCAUCCGGAGGAGAGUGCUGGGAUGGACUUGCAGGUUGCGACGGAACAUGUGGGGGGCCGGUAUCUGGCGGAGACGUUCGAGAGGGUUACGGGGAAGAAGGCGAGGUAUGAGGCUGUCGCAGUGGAGGAACAUAUGCCGAAGGAGUGGCAGAUGGGGGAUGUGAAGUUAGGAGCUGAGUAUGAGGGUGAGGGGGAUGAGACGUUGUUGACGUUUAGAGAGAACUUCUCGGCUUUUUGGCGGAUUUAUCAGAGGAGUGCUGGGAAUGAGGGGGUUUUGAGGAGGGACUAUGAGCUGCUUGAUAGGGUCUUGCCGGGCAGGGUGAGGACGAUUGGGGAGUGGAUGGUGAAGGUUGGGUAUACAGGGGAUGAACACAAGUUGCUGUUGAACAAUGGGGGGGAAGGAAUUUUUCAAUAA